AGACUUAACUUGAAGACAACGUCACCGGCACUGGCAGUUUCUGGAGUCACUUGAAGAGGCUGAGUCUGCCCCACUGCCGGCAUGAUCCUGACACUGCUGCUCUGCCUCGGGGGGUCCCUUGGCUGGGGGCUGCCGAGGGCCUAUGCCCAGGCACCUGGUACCAGUUUCUCUGAUUCUCACAGCCCCAGGCCGCCUGGGGUCUGGAGGGUGGAGGCUGAGGACACCAGCAGGGACCCCAUCAGACGUAACUGGUGCCCCUACCAGAAGUCCAGGCUGGUCACCUUCAUAGCUGCUUGCAAAACUGAGAAAUUCCUCAUCAACUCACAGCAGCCAUGUCCACAGGGGUCUCCGGACUGCCAGAAAGUCAAAGUCAUGUACCGCAUGGCCCAGAAGCCUGUGUACCAGGUCAAGCAGAAGGUGCUGGCCUCUGUGGCCUGGAGGUGCUGCCCAGGCUUCUCGGGCCCCGACUGUCAGCACCACGAUCCCACGGCGAUUUCUGAGCCUGCAGAUCCAGGUGAUGGCCUCCAGGAGCCUUGGGACAGGCCAGACGGCUUUGAACCUGGCCCCCCAGCAGCAGAGAUCAGCAACAUCGUGGUGGAGCAGGAACACGUGCUAGGAGAGCUCCAGAAUGACAUUCACCAGGUGGCAGACAGCCUCCCAGGCCUGUGGAAGGCUCUGGAAAGCAACCUCACAGCAGCAACAACUGAGGCCAAUCAAACGGAGCAUGAGUUUCCUGGCAGAUCCUUGGAGCAGGUGCUGCCGCCUCACAUAGACGCCUUCCUGCAAGUGCAUUUCAGCCCCAUUUGGAGGACCUUCAACCACAGCCUGCACAGCCUCUCCCAGGCCAUAAGAAACCUAUCUCUUGAUGUGGAAGCCAACCGCCAGGCCAUCAAGAGGGUCCAGGAGAGCACUGUGGCCAGGGCUGACUUCCAAGAGCUUGGUGCUAAAUUUGAGACCAAGGUCCAGGAGAACGCCCUGAGAGUGGGCCAGCUGCGGCAGGACGUGGAGGGCCGCCUGCAUUCACAGCACCUCUCCCUGCACCACUCCCUUUCUGCGGUCCAGGCCCAUGUGGACGCCGAGUUGAAGAGGCUCCUUAAGGCCCAGGAGCCCCUGGGGGCCAAUGUCAGCCUGGUCGUGGCAGCGGCAGGGGCAGGGGCAAGGCCGGAGCCCGAGAGCCUGCAGGCCAGGCUGGGCCAGCUGCAGAGGAACCUCUCGGCGCUGCACGUGGCCGCUGGCCGCAGGGAAGAGGAGUUACAGAGCACCCUCGCGGACAUGCGGGCGACCCUGGCCCAGCACGAGAAUGAGAUCAAGGAGCUGUAUGCGGAAUCCGACGACAGCUUCGAUCAGAUCAGCAAGCUGGAGCGGCAGGCGGAGGAGCUGCAGGUGAACCACACCGCGCUGCGCGAGCUGCGCGUGAUCCUGAUGGAGAAGUCGCUGAUCAUGGAGGAGAACAAGGAGGAGAUGGAGCGGCAGCUCCUGGAGCUCAACCUCACCCUCCAGCACCUGCAGGGCGGCCACGCCGACCUCAUUAAGUAUGUCAAGGACUGCAACUGCCAGAAGCUCUCUUUUGACCUGGACGUCAUCCGGGAGGGCCAGAGGGACACCACGCGGGCCCUGGAGGAGACGCAGGUGAGCCUGGACGAGCGGCGCCAGCGGGACGGCUCCUCCCUGGAGGCCCUGAGCAGCGCCGUGGCCGCCCUGUCGCGGGCGGUGGACGCGCAGCAGGCGGAGGCCGAGCGCGCGCGGGCGGACGCGGCGCGGCUGCGCAGCCAGCUGCGGGCUCUGGUCAGCGAGGCGAGCGCGCUGCGGGCCGCCGAAGGGGAGAUGCGCCGCGAGCUCGGCCGGCUGCACAGCUCCUUCGCAGCCCUGCUGGAGGACGCGCUGCGGCACGAGGCCGUGCUGGCCGCGCUCUUCGGGGAGGAGGUGCUGGAGGAGAUGGCCGAGGAGGCGCCCGGGCCACUGCCCCUGCGCUACGAGCAGAUCCGCGCCGGCCUGCAGGACGCCGCCAGCGGGCUGCAGGAGCAGGCGCUCGGCUGGGACGCGCUGGCCGCCCGGGUGGCGGCCCUGGAGCAGGCGGCGCAGCGCCUGGAGCCCAGCCAGGACGCGCGGCGAGAGGAGGCCGGCGGGACCGACGUGGACGGGCUGGCGCGGGAGCUGCAGCGCCUGGACUCCGCCGUCCAGCGAGUGGGGCGCUGCUGCGAGGCCUCGCGGGCCGCCUCCCUCAACGGCUCCCUCGAGGGCCUCCAUGGCGCGCUCUCCGCCACCGAGCGUGGCUUGGAGCAGCACCAGCGGCUCUUCCACAGCCUCUUCGGGAACUUCCAGGGGCUUGUGGCGGCCAACAUCAGCCUGGACCUGGGGAAGCUGCAGGCCAUGCUGAGCAGGAAAGGGAAGAAAAAGCAGAAAGAUCUGGAAGAUCCCCGGAGGAGGGGCAAGAAGCAAGCGGCUGCGCAUAUCAAAGGGCCAGUGCUGUGGGAAGCAGGUUCUCCUGUGGCCUUCUAUGCCAGCUUUUCAGAAGGGAUGGCUGCCCUACAGACAGUGAAGUUCAACACUACUUACAUCAACGUUGGCAGCAGCUACUUCCCUGAACACGGCUACUUCCGAGCCCCUGAGCGUGGGGUCUACCUAUUUGCAGUAAGCAUUGAAUUUGGCCCAGGGCCAGGCGCCGGGCAGCUGGUGUUUGGAGGUCACCAUCGGACCCCUGUCGGUACCACUGAGGAGCAGAGGGGUGGAAGCACGGCAACGACCUUUGCCAUGGCUGAGCUGCAGAAGGGUGAGAGAGUCUGGUUUGAGUUAACCCAGGGAUCAGUAAUAAGGAGCAGCCCGGGCACUGCAUUCGGGGGCUUCCUGAUGUUCAAGACGUGAACACCGGGCACAGCUCUGACCAGACAUCGUGGACUCGCCCAGCUCUCCUUGGCCUAGGGCUCUGGAGACCAUCCGGUUGGUCUAGCUCUUGCCUGGAAAUCUGCAAAGACAGUGUGAUAUACGUGGCCUGCCUCUAGAUGUAUUGGGUUUGGGUAUUUCUUGAUGAUGAGAAGGACUGGAAUGCUCCUCUCUGGGCAGGACCUGGUCCGGGGAAGUGUGAAUGUCGGCUUGGCCUGCCUUCUGAGGCAGCAUGGCUCGGACUCCAGCUCUCUGCCACACCCUGUCUUCCACAGCUUCUUUGGUGUUUUGCUCCGCCUGUGGUUGGAAACUUCCGUACAAUACUUUAAACCUUUCUCCCUAAUCUUAUGCUAGAAAACCACUUUUUCCUGGAAGGAAUACGUGUAAAAUGAAGGUGACAUUUUGGACAAUGUUGGAAACCAGUCUCUACCCACUAUAGGGCAGUAGGAGAAAACCAACCUGUUUGGUCUCCAUCAGUCAGAAAUAGAGACAAAGGCCUGGUUGAGUUAACCAAGAGAAACAAAAUUAGUAUUUUUUGCUAUUUUAGUCCUCCCUUGAAUUUACCUGUAAUUUUAUUUUUUUUAAUUUUUUGUGAGUAAGAUCAGCCCUGAGCUAACAACCAUGCCAAUCCUCCUCUUUUUUGCCGAGGAAGAUUGGCCCUGGGCUAACAUCCAUGCCCAUCUUCCUCCACUUUAUAUGGGACGCCACCACAGCAUGGCCUGACAAGCAGUGCCUCCACCUGUGCCCGGGAUCUGAACCCGGGCCACCAGCAGCGGAGCGAGCGUACUUAACCGCUACGCCACGGGGCCGGCCCCUACCUGUAAUUUUAAUUUCACUUCUUUUUUUCUCCUUGCCAAGACAUACCAAAUGUGAACUAAAAUGUGUGCAGCCCUCACCUUAUUUUCCUCCUCCAAUAGCUUCUGACAACCCUCCUUGUUAGUACCUCUGACCAGGAAGAGAGCUGAGGGAGGAAGUGAAGGAAGGCUGUCAAAAUCUCCCUCAGUUAUCAACUCUGGAAUAAAGUGAUGCCCUUCCAAUCUCUGCCUGGUUUACUUAUGGAGAGCUAGAUUUGGUAAAGCAGGUAGAAAUAUGAGACAAAAUAAAAACUAUUUGGGAUAAAUGUGACUCAUUAUUUCAGGCCAUA